AUAAUGGCUUCUGUUUGCAUACAACAAUCAAGCCUUAAAUAAAGCUUGAGCUAUUCUAUACAUGUACUCAAAUUAUGUAAGAAGCUACAAGGAUGUCUUUCACAGCUGUUUGGGUGAUGUUAGUGUGUAUACUACAAACAUCUCAAGUCCUAUGCCGGGGAAAUGCAUGUCGAGAGCACCUCAUUCUUGGUGGGAAGUACAGAGUGGAGGAUGAACAGUUCACAGCCAGUUCAAGCUUCUCUGAAGACUAUCUUCCCCACGAGGCUAGACUGGGAGGAAACUCGUGGUGUGCAGAAAGUAGUGAUACGGAAAACUGGAUUCAAGUAGAUUUUGGAACAGAUGUCAUAAUUCAAGAGUUACUGAUAGGAGGGGAUGGAGGAGCAGCCCAGUUCUACGUCAAUCUAUUCAGAAUAGAGUAUGGUCCUAACAGUGACCAGUUGAGCAGUAUUCUUCAACCUAAUUCCAACCAACCAAAGGUCUUCAGUAGACCAGACUCUCCCGAUGUCAGGACCACAGUCCUAUCCACCCCCCUCACCACUCGAGUAUUGAGGAUUGUCAGUGUGGUCCAUACUGGAUCUGGGCCUUGUUUGGACAUGGAGGCAAUUGGCUGUCCAAAUACUACAAAAACUAUAUCAACAACCCCUCCCCAACAAACUGAGGAUGCUAUGACAACAACAAUGCCAGUCAGUGCCGGGAACACAGGAGCUAUUGUGGGAGGGGCAAUGGGUGGAGCUACCUUCGUAUUUGUGAUCUUAAAUGUCACUUUCAUCAUACUAGUUGUGUGCCUACUAGUUAAGAGGAGAAAUAUCAGGACAGAGGCUACGGCAGGAUCCAGUACUGUGCAGAUUGCUGAAAAUGAGACAAAUUCAGAAGAAACCCGGGAUCCCAAUACCCUAGAAAACAUGAGUGAAGUCUACACAGAACCUACGGCAAUAGCCUACGAGCCAAUUAUAAUUACAACCUUAAAUCCACCCACCACGUAUGAAAGCAUUACGAUCCCUGACCUCGAAUAUGUACAAGUAGAUGCCAUGAACAGUGGCUACAGCAAUGCGGAGGAGAGGGAUGAUGAUACGACUUAUGAUGAUACUUACGGGAAUUUGGUGGAGAAUGGAGCUACUAGUUUAUCGGAGACAGAGGAUGGAUACGAAUCUAUGUGGUUGUGACAUAAUUAUGUUCUCAAGUUGGACAUAAUGACAAAUAUUUAUAAUCAUUCUACUUACUAUAUUCUACCAUUUUAUUCAGUUGUUAUUUAACUAACCAUGCAUUCUAACUGCAUGCUUAAUAAGUAUAAUAUACUCAGGAAUUUUACUUUAGCAUAAAAUAAUAAUAGCGUCCUAUCAACAAUUACGAUUAUGUAUAGUGUACGAUUAUGUAGUGUACAUCAACUAUGUAACUGGCGUGGUGUAGGAAUAGCUAAUUAUGUUACAGAUCACUUUGUUUUAUAUACUAUCAUCAUAAUUAUGCAUAAUAUCAUAAUUAUCAUAAUCAUCUCUUAAUUAUU